AGUUGAUUGACAGCUGUGUCUGCCUGUGGCCGGCGAGUGGGGGGCGGAAAAGGUGGUCGGGUCCGGAAGCGGAACGGGUAAAGGCGGAAGUGAGGGCCGGGGCCUGCGAGACGCACCGGCGGGAGCGGCGCUGCGGGCGUUGCAACCUGCCUACAGGUGGAUCCCAGUACAGAACCUGCAGCAUCCUUAACUCUCGGCACUCCUGCACUUAGACCACAAUGGCAGGUCGAGGUGGAGCUGCCCGACCGAAUGGACCAGCUGCUGGGAACAAAAUCUGCCAGUUUAAACUUGUUCUCUUGGGCGAGUCCGCGGUGGGGAAGUCCAGCCUGGUCCUGCGCUUUGUGAAGGGGCAGUUCCACGAGUACCAGGAGAGCACAAUUGGAGCUGCCUUCCUAACACAGACAGUGUGUCUGGAUGACACAACAGUGAAGUUUGAGAUCUGGGACACGGCGGGGCAGGAGCGAUACCACAGCCUGGCCCCCAUGUACUACCGGGGGGCUCAGGCAGCCAUCGUGGUCUACGACAUCACCAACACAGACACAUUUGUACGAGCCAAGAACUGGGUGAAAGAGUUGCAGAGGCAGGCUAGCCCCAAUAUUGUAAUUGCACUAGCAGGAAACAAGGCAGACCUUGCUAACAAGAGAGCUGUGGACUUCCAGGAUGCACAAACAUAUGCAGAUGACAACAGCUUGCUGUUCAUGGAGACGUCAGCGAAGACAGCGAUGAAUGUGAAUGAAAUCUUCAUGGCAAUAGCCAAGAAACUGCCAAAAAAUGAACCCCAGAGUGCUCCUGGUGGCCCAGGCAGGAAUCGGGUGGUGGACCUUCAGGAGAGCAGCCAGCCCAGCAGAAGCCAGUGCUGCAGCAACUGAGCAGCUGCUGCGGCCCGCGAGCCCUUGGAGGACGUGACUGGAACCCACGCUAACGAUCGCACUUACCGUAGGGCGGCUGCUGCCGGCGCCGCUGUGAUUCUCCAUCCCUUUCUGAUCAUAGGCUGGAGGGAGUUCUUCCACCUGCACCUUUCUGUACAAAUACUAAUUCAAUUCUAAGUCUUAAGUCACUUUUUUAAUAUAUGAACUUCUGCUCUUCCCUCUUCCUGGUGGUGGUGGAUGCAGGACCUGGUGUCUGCCCAGCCAGCGUGGCCGUCCCGCGGGUGAGGCCAGCAGCACCCAGGUCCCACAGCACUGUAGUUCACUAUGGGAAACAAAGGGAUAUUGGGACACGUGUUUAAAGUUCCCUGUCUGUAAGAGCUGAGGCUGAUCCCGUACGAUGUGCCCAGAACAACCACUAAACUGUAGCAUUAGAGACAAACUCCGGCUCUUGAGCCACUUAUUGACCAAAUCAAUGAUGAGUAUUUGGGGUGGGGCAGAGGGAAGCAAAACUGGUUUCUUCUGUAUUUUGUAUUGUAUGUUUCUCCAUGUAACCAAUCAGUAUCUUGUCAAUAUAGUACAUCCAACGA